UAGAAAGCGCUUGUAAGCGAUUGGACAGUGAUGGCGGAAGUGGCUCUGCUCCUGCCAGUGAUGGCGGAAGUAGUGGAAGAGAAGAUGAAGCCGGACCCUGAACGCAACCGUUUUCCGCACUGUGUGGUGUGGACCCCGAUUCCUGUGCUGACAUGGCUGUUUCCAUUCAUUGGUCAUAUGGGAAUCUGCACAUCAAACGGAGUGAUCCGGGACUUCGCUGGACCAUAUUAUGUGUCUGAAGACUGUAUGGCCUUUGGAAAGCCAGUGAAAUACUGGCAGUUAGACCCAAAUCUUGUUUAUGCCACUGGAUCCAAUCCAUGGGAUGCAGCCGUUCAUGAAGCAUCUGAAGAAUAUAAACAUCGCAUGCACAACUUGUGCUGUGAUAACUGUCACUCCCAUGUGGCUAUGGCCUUGAAUUUAAUGAAGUAUAACAACACAUCUUGGAACAUGGUGAAGCUCUGUAUCCUGUGUCUAGUAUACAGUAAAUAUGUCAGUUUUGGUGCAUUUUUGAAAACUUGGCUCCCUUUCCUUUUGAUGGUAGGGGCAAUGAUAACCAUUGUUCUUACUUUACAUCUGCGGUGAGACUCAGAUCGUUUGCGCACUUCUUCAUCGCAACUGCCGUGCUACUUUCAAACAAGGUGUCACAGGAGAUAGGACAAUGUCUUCACAUAUUGAGGUUCCUUCUCCAUUUCAACCUAUCUUCAAGAGACUGCAUGAUUCCCUGCUCAUCUUUUUGUUUUUAUUAUGAAGAUACAGGAUAUAUAGUUAAAUUUUUUUUGAAAACUUCCCAACUUGUAUCAUAGUCUCUCAUCUGUGCAGGCACAUAAAGAAUUAAUUGGUGUCAGGAUCUCACAGAGCAUUUCGGUGUUAUUGAGAAAAUGUUUUGUAGUUAAGGAAAGAGUGUGAUUUAUCUGGCACUUGUAAAUAAAAUAAACAGGUACAACACUUA